AACGCACGAUGUUGUUCGCCGUGAAGCUCAGCCUCGUCGCGGCCGUCGUCGGUGAUGCAGCGGCCUUCGGCACGCGCGAGCUCGACAGCGUCCGCGCGAACGCGACGGAGCACCACUGGGCCGUCAUCGUCGCCGGGUCCAACUCCUUCGCCAACUACCGGCACCAGGCCGACGCGUGCCACGCGUACCAGAUCAUGAAGAAGAACGGCGUGCCCGAGUCGAACAUCAUCCUCAUGAUGUACGACGACAUCGCCGGCAACGCGAUGAACCCGUACCCGGGCCAGGUCUUCAACAAGCCCACGGCCGCGGGCGUGCCCGGCGUCGACGUCUACGCCGGCUGCGUCGCGGAGUACACGGGCAAGGACGUGAACCGCGACGUCUUCCUCGCCGUGCUCACGGGCGACGCCGACGCCGCGGGCGGCCGCGUGCUCGGCUCGACGGCGGGCGACAACGUCUUCGUCUACUACGCGGACCACGGCGCCAAGGGCCUGGUGGCCAUGCCCGCGAACGAGAAGCCCGUGACGGCCAAGGACCUCCAGGGCGCGCUCGAGACCAUGCGCUCCCAGGACAUGUACGACCGCCUCGUCGUCUACGUCGAGGCCUGCGAGUCCGGGAGCAUGUUCACCGGCGACCUGCUCGCGAACGACACGAAGGUCUACGCGACGACGGCCGCGUCGGGCAUGGAGAGCUCCUGGGGCUGCUACUGCGGCACGGAGUCGAAGGUCGACGGCAAGUCGCUGUCCACGUGCCUCGGCGACCUCUACUCCGUGUCCUGGAUGGAGAACAGCGACCUCGACGCGCCCGCGGAGACGCUCGCCAAGCAGUACCGCGUUGUCAAGCGCGAGACGAACAAGUCGCACGUCCAGCUCUUCGGGGACCAGUCCUUCGCGCGCGACUACGUCGUCGCCUUCCAGGGCGACGGCGACGACAAGCGCGGCGUCGCCGCGCCCGCCGCGCCGGCCCGGACGGGGCUCGUGAGCUCGCGCGACGCCACGUUGAGCUUCCUCGAGGCGCGGCUCCUCGCGGCGCGCGGCGACGACGCGCUCGGCGACGCCCGAAGCGCCUACGACGCGGAGCUCGCGGCGCGCGCGGCGACGGCGGGCCGCUUCGCGCGCGUCUCGGCGGCCCACGGCGAGACGCUCCACGGCCUCCUCGAGCGCGGCGCCAAGACCGACGUCGGCGCGUUCUCCGACGCGCACUGGGCCUGCUACGGCGACGCGAUCGAGGCCGUCCGCACGGCCUGCCCCCGCGGCAUCGACGACGAGCACGUGCUCGGCCACCUCAAGGUCCUCGCCGCGCUCUGCUACGCGGACGCGGGCGCGGACGUCGCCGGCGCCGUCGCCGCGGCCUGCGCCGACUAGCGCGCCGUCGUCGAGCCCGCGGCCGCCAAGAGGCCGCGCUCCGUCGGUAAGCUCCCUUUUUUC